GUGCCUGGACGAUAUGCGGCUGCCUGAGGCACCUAAUUAUUUUCCAUGUGUCAACAUUCGGACCGACACCGUCAGCAGCAUCUCAAACACGCCAACGCUUCGCCACUUUCUUGCCUCAAUCUUGCCAAUAUGUCUCUGGUCUGAGGUGCUUUGACCAUGCCAUCGACCUUUUCGACUCACACAGCCCUGCGUAUGCGGGGCAAUUGCCCAGCCAUCACCUCCAUGGCAUCAUCCCUGGUCCAGCACCAGCACCUCCGCUAUCAACCUGCCGCCAUUCGCAAUUGCUAUAGCCUUUUGACUCGCGGCUAUGCCAGCCCGUCAUCAUCCCCGAAAUCACAUACACGAUCCCCAUCGUCUUCCCAGCCGGGGUCCCCCAUUGUCCCGUCCAGCUCCUCAACCGCGACCACUUCUCUCGCCAACGAUGUCAACCCUCCGCCGAGCACCCGGCCCGCAGACCUCAACCUCCCAGAGCCUGUGUCCGCGUCGGCCGGACCGGCCGACAAGCUGAAACGCUACGUUGCGCUGGGCCGCGCCUACCUGUCCUUCUACAAGACGGGCCUCAAAAACGUCUACCACAACUACCGCGCCUCGCUCCCCCUCCGCCGUUCUCUAGCCGUGCACUCCCAAAACCUCAGCCGCGCCAACUUCCAGCUCGUCCGGCGCGCCGCCUACGACGUCCGCCGCAUGAUUCCCUUCACCCUCAUCCUGAUCGUCUGCGGCGAGCUGACCCCUCUCGCCGUCCUGGCCCUGGGCAGCGCCGUCACCCCAUUCACAUGCCGCGUCCCGCAGCAGAUCAAGAAGGCCCGGCUGCAGCGCGCGGACCGGAAACGCGCCGCCCUCGCCGCCCACCAGGCGCAGGCGCGAGGCUCCGUUACAGGCCCCGCGGCCGGCUCCGACGCCGAGCGCGAGCUGCUGGCCCGCGAGUUUGCACACGCCGGUUGGGUCGAGAGGGCCUCGGCGCAGGAGAUUCUGCAGGCGUGUGCGGCGUUGGGGCUCGUGCGCACGCAUACCCGGCCCCGGCGCUGGUGUCCUGGUUGUAUCGGCCGCGGCUGCGGCGAUAUCUAG